AACUCUUUUUUAUAAUCUUCAUUCCUUACCUCAAUUAUCUACAAAUAAAUAAAAUGUCUCAAUCCACUCAAUUUUUAACUUUAUCUACUGAAGUUUCCGAACCAUUUAUUAUUGAAAAUGUUUCACCAGUCUCUUCCCCAAACUUAAAGGCUCAUAAGAGUAAGUGGGCUAAACCAACUAUGGGUACCGACAAGCUUACCCCAGUUGCUGCAUUUGAAGAUGACCAAUACGAUGAUGAAUUAAUUGCCGCUAAGGAUUUACCAACUAUUAACUUGAACUAGGAUUAUUAUAGAACAUACAUCUGUGCAUAUGAAUAGGAGUAUUCCAUUCAUUUAAUGACAUGAUUCUUUUUGGUUUUUGGUUUUAGAUUUGGUUUUUGGUUUAUGUUUAGGGUUUUUAAAUUUGAUGAUAUCCAUUUUACUUCGUUUUUGUUAUAUUAUUUAGCGAUACUUUUAUAAAAAAAAUACACAUGGUAAAUUUUAG